AGGCAGGCCUUCCUCUUUUUUAUAGUGCGACACACUCACAGCAUAACUGAGAGGCCUAACAUUACAGACAGAGAUGGCGAAUGCUCUGAAGAUGGGAUCUCAGACUCUCACCCUCGACCACCGCCACCACAGUCACCUGUACUUCCACCGCCAUUGCCACUGCUCUCUUUGAUCCACUCUUCUUCUUCUUCUUCCUCUUUUUCUUCUUCAGUAUUACUUCAGCACACUGGUACUGCUUCUUCUUCAGGUGCCUCUUUUAGGCCAGUUUGAAGAAGCCAGAUGGGUUCAAGAUUCCCAUCUCAUCAACUUAGCAAUGGCCUGUAUGUAUCAGGCCGGCCUGAACAACCGAAAGAAAGGACUCCUACAAUGAGCUCGGUUGCAAUGCCCUAUACUGGUGGUGACAUCAAAAAGUCUGGAGAAUUAGGGAAAAUGUUUGAUAUCCCUGGGGAUGGUUCUAAAUCUAGAAAAUCUGGCCCAUUAAAUAAUGCUCCCUCAAGGACUGGAUCAUUUGCUGGUGCUGCUUCGCAUUCUGGACCAAUCAUGCCAAAUGCAGCUGCUCGAGCUGGUUAUACUACAUCUGGUAGUGUAUCUGCUUCAGUCUCAAAGAAGACCAAUUCUGGUCCAUUGAAUAAACAUGGGGAACCGAUUAAGAAGUCAUCCGGCCCUCAAUCUGGAGGGUAUACGCGCCAAAACUCUGGUCCAAUUCCAGUUCUUCCUACCACCGGCCUUAUUACAUCUGGUCCUCUGAAUUCAUCUGGGGCUCCAAGGAAGGUGUCUGGUCCAUUAGAGUCCACAGGAUCCAUGAAAUCACAUGGUUCCUCAGUUGCUCACAAUCCAGCUGUGACCACUGUCAGCCUAGGUGAUGAAUAUUCCUUCAUGAGGAAUUUCCCGAAGCCAAUACUGUGGUCUGUAAUUCUGAUUUUUGUUAUGGGAUUUAUUGCUGGUGGUUUCAUUCUUGGAGCUGUCCGCAAUGCCGUCCUCCUCAUUGUUGUAGUUAUCCUGUUUACUGCUGUUACGGCUCUAUUCACCUGGAAUAGUUGUUGUGGUAGGAGAGCGAUUGUUGGUUUCAUUUCACGCUAUCCUGAUGCUGAACUCAGAACUGCCAAGAAUGGGCAAUUUGUGAAAGUUUCUGGGGUGGUUACCUGUGGUAAUGUUCCACUUGAGUCCUCCUUUGGAAAAGUUCCUAGAUGUGUCUAUACAUCAACAAAGUUGUAUGAAUAUCGAGGAUGGGGUUCAAAGCCAGCCAAUCCUAAGCAUCACCGUUUUACAUGGGGAAUCAGAUCAACUGAGAGGCACGUGGUGGAUUUCUACAUCUCUGAUUUUCAGUCUGGAUUGAGAGCACUGGUUAAAACAGGUUAUGGUGCAAGGGUGACUCCAUAUGUUGAUGAUUCAAUUGUAAUCGAUGUCAAACCAGCCAAUAAAGACAUGUCCCCUGAGUUUCUUCGAUGGUUGGCAGAGAGAAACCUUUCAAGUGAUGAUCGUAUAAUGCGAUUAAAAGAAGGGUACAUCAAAGAAGGAAGCACAGUUAGUGUGAUGGGAGUUGUUCAGAGAAACGAUAACGUGCUUAUGAUCAUGCCGCCACCAGAGCCUCUGGCGACAGGAUGUCAAUGGGCUAAAUGUAUAUUUCCAGCUAAUCUCGAGGGUAUUGUUUUGAGAUGUGAAGAUACCUCUAAGGUUGAUGUCAUUCCAGUGUAGCAGAAACCUCUUGUUAGGUAUUCUUCUUCCCAUGUCAAAUAUCGAUGUUUUGUUUGUAGCCCAAGUGUGACGGUUUUACAAGUUUACCCCUUUGGUUCACACUAAACUCCUAGUUUGAUGUAUAGCUAAUGGUAAAUCUUAUUCGUUUAUUUUUAAUGAGGAUGUGGUUUUUAUGUAGUGAGAUAAGUUGUAUUUCCCCGAGGAACUUGCUGUUUACAACCAAACCAAUGGUUGGCUUGGCUUUACUCCCUUGUCUAUACAUGUCCUAGUGUAAGAAGGAUACCUAAUAAUCUUUUUUUCUUUUGCCUGGGAAUAAUAUAUCAAUCAAAUGAACCAAAAAAGCAGUGUAAUUAUUCAGUUUACAUUUUGACCUUCAUCUCACUCUCUCUAACUAUUUAUUUAGCCUGAGUUAAAAAAAAAAAAAAAGAAUUGCGACAUGGCUCCUCCGUUUAUGAUUCACAAUCUGAUGUAUAUCCAUCUCUCAGCUUUCAUUGGAAUGUUAGACAGGAGCAAAAUGGUACCUUAGGAUGCCAUUUUCCAAUCUAUUUGGUGCUUGGAAAAGAGAACCAGGAUACAGAAGACAUCGAGGGAUGUACAUUAUAAUUACUUUUUUUAUGCACUUUGCAUACCUGGUAUCAAUUAAUACCUUGAUACAAGAGAGGGUUUGAAGAUUGCAUAUUUAUUUUUGUGCUAGUCCCGUGGAAAACAGACGUUAUAAACAAAAAGGGCAUCGGCAUUCUAUUUUAAUGGUACUAAAAAGAAAAAGAAGAUAAUUAUGGAGAGAAAUGGUAGUAUGGUCCUUGAUAUGAAAGCCACGUGUGUGAAGAAUGCGGUGGAAAUGAAGAACGUGUCGUUGAGAGGCGAGGUUAACAUUCUGGAAAAGGGGAGGGGGAGAGAGAAAGGAGGCCUAUUUAUGGCGUGACAUAUCCUUUAACACUCAUGCAAAUCACAUCACAAUGGAUAGAGAUAGGGCUAUUCUGAUAGUAACAGUGUGCUUGUUCAUGUUCUUGUGCUUGUGCUUUAUUACUGUGACUAAUGGAGACGAAGAGCGGAAGCAGAGGACGGAACCAGCACCAUCAUUUUGGCCAUGGCAGAAACUAAGGAGCUUCUAUUCUCUGUAUUCUAAAGUUUGGUCUCCAAGUACUUGGUCGUGGCAGUUGUUAAAGGAAGCUUAUUCCCGUUUCAUUUCUCCAAAUCUAGGAUUUAGUAAAGGAGGGGAGAAGAUGAAACAAGCAUCCACAAAAGGAGGUUUGGGAGCCGAGGAUAAUGCUGCGAAAUCAGGAUGCGAAAAACAACAUCAAAAUGAGCUCUGACCUUUAAACUAAUAUUUCCUGUUUUUAAUUUUAAUGUCCAUUAUGUCUGUUUAUAAAAUCUUUAGUGUCUUGUAAAUAUUGUCUCUUUCUUAAAGUAAGCUAAGUUCGAAUUCCCUUCUCA